AUGGAGGACACCAACUCCGAUCAAGAGAAGCGAUUAUCGCAAAAAAUUGCCGCAAUUCUCGACGAAGUUCGAACCUCAUACGCCACACACAACCGUAAACUCAAGGAACUAUCUCUCCUCCGGUCCAAAUCCACUUCACCGUCUCACUUCUUCUCCGCGUUUUCCAAAUCCCUAAUUUCCCUCUUCAAGUUUCAAAGACGAAUCGCUUCCGCUGACCGUGUUGUUUCCUUCGUCGCCUCUUUCACUACUGCUCGUAAUCCUUCCGAUGCCGCGGUUUGCGACGAGUUCCUCGACCAUUUCCUUCAUUUCCUCCUUGUUGCUGCGACGGCGGCUGAUAAGACUGUUAGAUUCAGAGCCUGUCAGAUUUUCUCCGAGAUAAUAUUGCGGUUGCCAGAUGAUGCAGAAGUGAGCAAUGACCUAUGGGAUGAGGUAAUAGAGGGCAUGAAGGUUAGGGUUCGAGACAAGAUCCAUUUGGUGCGUACUUUUGCGGUUAGGGCACUUUCGCGUUUCGUGAAUGACUCUUCGAACGUUGACAUUCUUGAUUUAUUCCUUGAGACGCUUCCUUUGGAGCAAAAUGCGGAUGUUCGAAAGAUGAUUGUAUUGUCUUUGCCUGCUUCCAGUGCAACCUCUCAAGUUAUUAUUGAUUGUACCUUGGAUGUGAGUGAAUCUGUUCGCAAAGCAGCAUACUGUGUUCUAGCUAAUAAAUUUCCUCUUCAAACUUUAAGCAUUAAGCACAGGACAAUAAUUCUUCGGAGAGGACUAGCUGAUCGAUCUGUUAGUGUCUCGAAGGAAUGUUUCAAACUAUUGAAAGACGAAUGGCUUAUAAAAUGCUGUAAUGGCAAUCCUUUACAACUUUUGAAGUAUCUUGAUGUUGAAACUUAUGAAUCAGUGAGCGAGUCUGUCAUGGAAGCACUUCUAAAAGCUGGUUUAGUAAAACUAAAGAAUGGUGCAAGUAUCCAGCAAUAUAUAUCAUCAAAUGGCGACACAGCAGAAGGGGAAGCGGUUCGUUGUCCUCCAAGCAUUGUAUUGAUGGAAGCAGAGGCUGCCCUUUAUUGGAGAAUUGUUUGCAAGCAUUUGCAGUCAGAAGCACAUGCCUUAGGCUCUGAUGCUGCAGCCACAGCGGGUACCGAAGCAGAAGUAUACGCUGCAGAAGCAUCAGAUAAAAAUGAUCUUCUAGAAAAGAUUCUUCCUGCUACAGUUGAUGAUUACAUAGAGUUAGUCAGAGCUAAUAUUGAUGCUGGAUCGAACCAUCGCUUUACAUGCCGGCAGCUGCUUUUGCUUGGUGCUAUGUUUGACUUUUCUGACACUUCAUAUAGAAAAGCUGCUAGUGCGUUUCUGCAGGAGCUGAUGAGCAAGCCUCCUGAGCAUGAGGUUGAUAAUGAAGGGAAUAUUGUUUUCAUUGGAGAUGGCUUAAGUUUUGGUGGAGAUACUCAUUGGGCAGAAGCCAUAGCCAAAUUGGCAAGGAAAGUCCAUGCUGCUCCUGGUGAAUUUGAAGAAGUUGUUCUUGCAAUCAUAGAAAAGCUAGCUCAACCUUGCAGAGAGAGAACAGCAGAUUAUGUGCAGUGGAUACACACCCUUUCCCUUAUUGGCCUUUUACUGAAAAAUACUGUGUCCAUGCGCUUUCUUCAGGGCAAGGCUAUAGAACCAGAUGAACUACUCCAAUCUUUACUUCUUCCCGGGGCAAAACAAGCUCUUGCGGACGUGCAAAGGAUUGCUGUAAGAUGUCUUGGCCUCUUUGGGCUUUUGGAGAGGAAACCAAAUGCUGAACUUUUGAAACAGCUUAGGGUUUCAUACAUUAAGGGGCCACAUAUAAUUAGUAUAGAGGCUGCUAAAGCAUUAAUUGAUCUUGUGAUGUGGCAUGGUCCUCAAGAAGUUGACAGGGUUUUAAAUCACGAAGUUCCAAGCCAAUUAAGCUGUGACAAAAAGUGUUUUUGUCCUGUGAACUUCUCUGAUUUCGAAGGGGAUUCAAAUUCAAACGUUGACAUACUUGAUCUUUUAUACGGUGGCUUUGAAAAUGAAGACUGGGCUAAUCCUUUAACUAGCAACGAAGAUGAAUGCAUUUAUGCUAUACUUGGAGAAGGUUUUGCGAAAAUUCUUCUCCUAAGUGACAACUAUCCAAGCAUACCGGCUUCUUUGCACCCUGUGCUUUUAUCUAAACUCGUUUACUUGUACUUCAGUGAUGUAUCAGAAAAUAUGCACAGGUUGAAGCAAUGUUUAUCUGUUUUCUUAGAGCACUACCCGUGUCUCUCAACAAAACACAAGAGGUGUGUAUUGAAGGCUUUCAUUCCAGUUAUGCGCUCAAUGUGGCCAGGAAUUUUUGGCAAUUCUGGGGGUUCUCCUUUUAUGGUGUCUCAGAUGCGUAAGCGUGCAGUUCAAGCUUCACGUUUUAUGUUGCAGAUGGUGCAGAUUCCAUUACUUGUUAGAGAGACUGAAGCAGUGUGUGAAAACUCUAGUCCAGAAGUCCCGCAAGUUAUAGAUAAUUAUGCUGAAGUACCAUUUGAGUGUGGUGAGGAGGGACUUGCACUACACAUAGCCAUAGAGGUCGCAAGCUUUCACUCAAAGAAGACAGCUGCUGAGAAGGCAUAUGUAUCGGCAUUAUGUAGAAUACUUGUCUCCCUUCAUUUUCGGUUAUCAGAACAAGGGCCCAUUAAAGUUAUGAGGAAGCUUUUAAAUCGUCUGGCUGAAUGUGUAUCUUCGGAGAAGGAUCUUGUUAAAGAAUUAAAGCGCAUGGCUGAGCAUUUGAUGACGGUUGACAGGCAACCAGAUCAGGAGUUGUUGCAAGAUGAAGUUAAUCUCAUUUUUGGGAAACUAGAACUUGAAUUCAACAUGGAUUUGGAUGCUUCUGUUGCAAUCCCACAAACACCAGCUGUACAGCCAACGAGAGCCACACGUACAAGGAGAAGGGUAAGGAUUGAGAAAGAUAGUUCUGAUUCUGACGACGAAGUUUCAAUUGCUUCUGUGGUUCCUACAACCAUUAAUACUGUAAAAGGUCGCUCACAGAGAGCAAGCAAAACUGCAGCCAUGAACAAGAUGUCGUCUACCUGUAGAACACUUGACAUUGAUGAAAUUGAAGAUCUAGAGGAAGAAGAGUCGAAUGUGACAUCUGAAGAUUCUGAAGAAUUCGACCAGGAUAGUUAA